AUGAGGAACUCAAUAAAGGAUAAUGACGCCCUGACUUUAAUUCAAAAGGACGAAGCCUUAGCCAACCUCAGCGCUCAGUAUCCACAGGAGUUCAGCACUAUUGAGUAUAUCAAGAAGCUGGUCGUGCCUUGUGGAUGUGGUGGUCCUGGCAAACCUAAAUGGCCCCGUGGUCCACGUCCAGGAAGAUGGGAUGAAUCAUGGCAAUUUGGUGGAUUCGGUCCAUUCAGAGGCUACGGCGAUUACGGACGUUAUCAAGGGAUGAAUCAGAACGGGCCAUUGGGAGGUGCGAGAUGGAUUUACGAUGAUCCUUACGGGAUGAAUCAGUACAGGCCGUGGGGAGGACGAGGAUGGAACUAUUACGACAAUAAAGAUAUGGGUGAAAUGGGUGACGGUUACGAUGUGGAGACCAUGGAUUACGUGAAGUGA